AUGGAAAAGGCUUCCGAAAGCAAAACAGGUGGAGAAACCGUUGAGAAUUUUUCAGCUCGGCCGUAUCAAGUGGAGCUUCUAGAGCGGGCGAAGGAAAGGAACACCAUCGUAUGUCUGGGCACAGGAACUGGCAAAACGUUUAUAAGUGUCAUGCUCAUAAAAGAACUCGCUCAUGAAGUAAGAGGAAACUAUAAAGACGGCGGGCGAAGAACUUUCUUCCUUGUAAAUACAGGUAUCUGUAUAUGUUUUGUCUUUUUGAGAUCGGCUUUACCUUGGGGGAGUGGGUACGAUAUCUCAGCGAGGGUCGGGCCGGGGUUGUGAAGAGGGGUAGUGGCGGUCCUCGCAUACGGUUUAAAUACAAUUCAAUGGAAAUAGAGGAAAUGAUCAUAGAUCUUUCCUUGUUUUGGUCUGAUUAUGAUAUCUAUGAACUUUCGAUGCCAGAAACUAAAAUAUAAGAUCAAGAAUGUGGUUUACAUUCUAGUAAAAUCUUUAUUUAUUUAAAGAGGGUAGCACUUAAUAGCCAAAAGGCUAAUAAACUUGAAGCCCUUAUAGAAUACAUAUGAUAAUACUAAUACAAAUUUAGAUAUCCAGAAGUAAAAAUAAAUACAUUAUUAAAGAAAUAAAAGAACAGUUGAAAAAUUAAAAAUCCUAUGAUAAAAUCUAACAUAAAGUAGAUCUCAAGGAUUAAAUGACAGAGUCAUGAAACUGUAAAAAGGAACCUAUUAAACUAUAAAAUGAUUCAAAUUCUGUUGACUUCUGAGAAAAAAUUGCCUUAAGGCAUUUUUAACACUUUGUACAGAUGUCUUCUGUCAUAAGGUGAUAAGUAAACUGUUCCAUAGUUGACAUAUGGUAACCUUGAAAGUUUUGCCGCCAACUAAUUUACGUUUUAACUUUGGGCAUACUAAGUUAUAGUUUGCAUUCCCAGUGUUACAAGAGUGAAGAACACUAUUAUAUGUUAAAAGGCUACUAAUAUAUGCAAAUGAUUCUCCUCAAAGUCUCUUAAAUGCAAUUAGACAUUUGGAAAUUUUAGCCUCCUCAUGAAAUUUAAGGUGAUAAAAAGAAUGAAAAACAAUGGGUCCAGAAUACUUCCCUAAGGGACACCAUGCUUAAUCACAGAAGGUUCAGAGUCACUGCCAUCAAUAGAGACAACUUGUUGCUGUUUAUUAAAUAGGAUCAGAGCUGAGCUGUUUUCUAAAUUUAGACUGACCAUGGUCAGAUAAGGUUGUUCUCAGACAGACUGGCAUAGAAACAGUCAUGGAUAUAACAUUCAACCACUUUUGAAAGCACUGGAAGGACUGAUAGUGGGAAACUGGAACGAUCAUCUUUUUUGCCACCUUUGAAGAAAGGAGUGACUUAUGCUUUCUUCCAUCACUUAAGGAACACUCCAUUCUUAAUGAAAAAAUUUAUAAGCCGGGCAACAGAAGGCACUAUUUCAAGAGCUGCUAUCCUCAAUAAUUGUAAUCUGUUACAAUUAAUACCAACAGCUUGAUCAGGACUGAUACUCAAAAAAAUUGUAUUGACAAUGGAUGGUGUUACUGUAGGAACAGGAAAUGGCACAUCAGGGUUUUUUCUUGAAUUGACAAAGUUGUGUAGGUUGUCAAAAUUCCAGUUGACACUUGGCAAAGUAGAUCUUAAACUUCCAGUCAUGGAUGCAAAAUGUCUGCUAAAUAGAUCAGCCAUGCCUUUUUUGUCAUCAGUAAUGCAGUCACCAUCUUUGAAGCAACUGAAAGAUUUUGCAUUCUUUUUGCCACCUGUUAAAGAUUUAAUUGUCUUACACAUUGACUUGGAAUUGUUCUUGUUGGCAUCAAAAGUAUCAUUAAAAUAUUCACAUUUAGCAUUACAAAUGACUCUGACAGCUUUGUUUCUCUCAACUUUAUACUUUCUUCAGUCAUCAGAAGAACAUAAAAUCCUUGCAGCUUUGAGAUAGGUAUCUCUGAGAUGCAGUUGAUCUAAAGUGGGUUUGGACAUUCAAGGAACUUCUUGAAGCUGUUUCACACAUUUCUCACACCAAGGACAAUGCUAUUCAAGCACUGAGUUAAAUAAGGAUUACCAGGAUUCGAGCAUAUAGUCUAUAUCAUCAAACAUAAACACUGUAUCCUAAGGGGCUUGCUGGAGAGCUUAUUUAAAUUCAUCUUUUUCAGAGUCUUUCAUGUCCUGUUAUUCUGACUUCCUUAAGUCGAAAGGAGCUUGAGGGUUCUAGAGGAAAUCUACUCCCCUUUUAACUAACUUGUUCUUCCUUUUUUUCCAGUUCCACUAGCCAGCCAACAGGCAAAAGCAAUUGCAAAACAUACUGACUUGAAAGUCAGGCAUUAUGUUGGAGAGAUGGGAGUAGAUUUCUGGAAGAAGCCCACUUGGGAAAAUGAGUUCAAUAAAUUCAACGUUCUGGUCAUGACAGCUCAAAUAUUCCUCAACCUGCUGUCACAUAGCUACAUACUUCUUUCACAAGUGAAUCUCUUGAUCUUUGAUGAAUGCCACCACGCCAAGAAGAAUCAUCAUUACAGACAGAUAAUGCAGUGCUUCAGCAAUUGCCCACAGCACCCAUUACCCAAAGUUAUGGGUUUAACUGCCUCGAUAGUAAAUGGAAAAGUAAAACCUUAUAAAAUUGAAUCAGAGAUCCAAGCGCUGGAACGCACAUUAAGAUCUACAUGCGAAACAAGUCAAGAUGAUGAUGUUGAAAAAUAUGCUGCUAAACCCAAAGAACUGGUCCUUGUUUACCCAAGCCAGAGCACUGAUGAAAAUGUGAACAUUUUGAUCAAGAAACUGUCAGAUGUCUUAACAAAAGGAAUUGAUCUUCUUUGCAACCCUCGGGUGUCCAGCUGUGAUGAACAUGCGCACCGGAAUGCUAAGUUGGCCUUGAUGGAAUGUAAGGAGACAUUGGAUGAAUUGGGCCCUUGGGCUGCAUUUAAAGUGGCGGAAUACUUAAUCGAGGAUCUAGGUGUGGUACAGUUUCAGUUUUAGAGAUAAAUGUAACUAUGCCCCAAGUUCAAGUCAAGUUUUUAAAAUCAUAGUACAGUCAACAUGAACCAAAUAUUAGUUUCCAAAAAGAAGGGAAAAAAUCUCAUGCCUCCAUUUCCAAACAUUUUGGCCAUGUAGGAUUGGUUUUAAAUUUUGCUUUAAAUCAUUACAUCCUAACAUCAGUAUACAUGUUCUCCAAACUGUUCUCUAUAUAUUUCUUAAUGUGCUGACAAGGAGAACUUGUUUAACAAUCAACAGCUUCUUUAGGUGGUGAUCAUUUCCUAUAUUCUUACCUUAUUGGUUGAUUCAGGCUGGCGUUAUAUUGUAAGAAGAAAUUGGAUGCUAGUCACUCUGAGGGUCAAAAAGUUCAACCUACAGAACAGAGAUUGACUUAAUGUUUAUUGGAAAAGAAUCAGAGUGUGCCAAACUCUCUGCUCAUAAGACUGAAUUAUUCCAAUUCAAGCAAAAUUAACCUGAGAUGGAUAAAAAUGCCUUUGUUGGCAUCUUUUGAUAAACUGGAAUGGAAUGCACUUAUAAACCUUGAUCUUUUCUUGUAGACAGAGCAUGUGAGUGUAGUGCCAACCAGCUGCGUCAACUGCGAAGAACUUACUGUAAUUUUACUGAAAAUGAUGGGUCUGAGGACAGUGAACAUUGCUACUUCAUGCCUAAACUUGAAAAACUUCUGAGUGUUUUCAGGGAGUUUGCUAACUCACAGCAUGAAGGUAAGGAAUACUCUGCUGACUGCUUUAUUUAUGAAACUUACUUUUUUAUCUCCUUCAUGGAGACCAAAACAGAAGAUUAGCAAAGUGGAUAUUUUUGCAUUUCUUAUCACAAGUUGACCCUUUCAUGCCUAAGAUCUCUCCAAACCUUCCUAAAAAUUUCAACCCUGAGACUCUGUGUUAAAUUUCAAGACAUCCACUGCCCAUUAUUUUUCUCUCUUCUCAGCUCCUUCAUAUUUGAAUUGUAAUGUUAUAAUUUAUAACAACUUUAUUGGGUACGUCUACGAAUAGACGGACGCCAAUUGGGUUAGUGCAGCGGGACAUGGAGUCCCAUACGGGGCACUACCCCUCUUAAAUCCACCCAACCCAACCCAGGGGAGGACAUCCAUCACACAGUAAUCUCGUGCGUGGGAAAUUAACGUCUCCUACCCCAAACCCUGCAGGAGACGGGACCUCCGGCUUAACGUCUUAUCCGAGAAGACGAAGCAAGGUGAGUGAAGCGGCUUGCUUAAGGCCACAACAUAGUGCCCUGGCCAGGACUCGAACCCGGGCCGUCCGACCCAGAGUCCAGCGCUCAGACCACUGGACCACUCACGCCUCCGUUAUUGUGAGGAGAAAUUUGUUUUGGUUUGCUCUUAGCAGUAAGAGGUGAAAUGGAACCCUCUAUCAUAGUAACAGCAAUAAAAUCAAUAAUAAUAUUUGAUGGCACUAAUAUUGAUAAUAGUGGUGCUAAUAAAAAAAAGUGUUGAUGAUAAUAAUAGCACCAUAAUGAUUACAAUUUUUAUAGUAGGAAAUUUAAAAACAAAAAUGAUGAUAAUAGCAACCAUAAUAAUCUCUCAGGGGAGAUCAAUAUUUAGAGGACAUUUUGAACUUCUGUAACCAUCUCCUCAUUCAAUCAAGAAAAGGCUUUCAGUUGUAGAACAAUCACAAGGGCAGAAGGAUCAAACAUGGCUACAUCUGCUACCCAGCUUCACCUUAAGGAAGAUUUAGCUAAUUGUUAAUAACGAUAUUAAUAAUAAUGAUCUUAUAGGUUUAUUUUUUGUUUUUUGUUAAUCCCUACACAAUCAAAAGCCAGCUUUUAAAUUGGAUCUUUCUUGAAAUCUGUUUUCUGAAUUCAAUGUGCAAGAGUGGUUUUUGAAUGCCACUCUGCAAAACAGCUUGGUGAUUCCCAGUUUGGUUAUUUUGCAGCAUCUGAAGAGGAGAAGACCCUCUGUGCCAUUGUCUUUGUUGAAAGACGAUACACAGCUCUGAUCCUCAGUAAACAACUUAACAUGGCUGCCAAACUAGAUCAGGAGCUCUCAUUCAUCAAAAGUAACUUUGUGAUUGGUCACGGCACAGGUGCAAAGGUUAACUACUCCAGUAAUGCAGAGAUGAAUUUUAAGAAACAGGAGGAAGUGCUGCGCAAGUUCAGAAAUGACAAGAAAAGACAUGAAUUCAAUGUGCUGAUAGCCACCUCUGUUGUUGAGGAGGGAUUAGAUAUUCCCAAGUGCAAUGUUGUCUGCAGGUUUGAUUUCCCAAAGAAUUAUCGUUCCUAUGUACAGUCAAAGGGCAGAGCUCGUGCCAAAGGUUCCAGGUACUACAUGCUGGUGGAUGAAAAAGAGCAAGUGGAAAAAGAGAAUGAAUUGGAGGUACAUUUUUUAAUGUAAUAAAGUCAGUAAAAAUCCAUACCUAUCCUGUAUUUUGGUGAUUGUCAUUGAUAAUGUUUCGCGGAGGUUGUAGAGCACCAGACUGUGGUGUGGGAGAUUGAAGGUUCAAGCACCAGACUGCCAACCAAAACUCAGGGUCUUAGAAUAACUGAGAAGUGUGCUACCUUUGCUAAGACAUCUGCAAAUAGUUAGACAUUCUAGUCAACUCGGAAAAGGAUAAUAAGCUGUAAGCCUCUGUAAUGUAAGCCUAAUAAGGAUAAUAAGCCGUAAGCCUCUCUCCUCUGUAAUGAUUGGCAGGGGACAUUAAGGAACCCAUGUAUUUCUCACAAAGAAUAGGGAAUGUAGAUGUCACUCAUAGUCUGGCCUUUUACAUUGUUUAUUUAGACCAGCUUUAAGCUGAGCUGAGAAAGUUGGUUUGAAUAUUGCAAAUAAACACAUAUUAACCUGAGCGAAUGACAGUAACAAAUGUACACUCUUAGGAAGCUUUUUAAAAAUGACUUAUACCCUAGAUGUUGCGUGCAAUUGAGAAAACCUUGUUGGAAAGAUGCCAUGAUCGGUUGCAGCCAUCAGUGGAGGAGUGUAAUGAAUCAGUAGACACAGAUUUCUUGCUGCCGUACAUACCAGUAAAUGGCAAGGGAGCUAGAGUAACUAUGAGCAGUAGUGUUUCUCUACUUUCAAAGUAAGUGCAAGGAAUUUAUUAACUUCCAAUUUUGAGGUGGUUUUAGAUUUAAGAUUACCGGUAUUGGUUGAGUUCUUUAUUGUUAAGUAAUGUAAGUGUAAAAAAGGAAGAUGUGCCAUCUACGGGUAACAAACUUGGGCUCCUAUUGUGAAAGGGGUGAUUUGUAUUUACCAUGAGUAUUGCUGUAAAGCCAGCUGCUUGCUUCCCCACAAAACUCAAGAUCACCCUGUAGCAACAACAAACUGAUUAAUAAUUGACAGCUCUCCAUUGUUCUCCUUUUCUGGAGGCAACUGGUACAAUUUACCGCUUGUAUUACCUCUUAUUUUUCACCAAAAAUCAAGUUCAAAUUAAGGGAGUACACUGCCUCUUUAAAAGCUCUUACACCACAUCAACAUAAAAGUUAUGCUCUUUUAAAUUUUAACUUAAAUUUAAAUUUUAUAUUUAAUAUAAAGAAGAUUAAUUACUUAUUAUAAACUUUAUAAACCUUGAUUUAUAUCAAUAUUUCUACUUUUGUUGUUUCAGGUACUGUUCAAAGCUUCCAGGAGACCGGUUUACUCAGCCCAGGCCAGUUUACAAGGUCGAAGAAAUUAGGAAAGAUGGUUACAAGUGUAAACUAACACUCCCAACAAACUGUCCACUACGUGAAGAUAUAAUAGUGAGUUUGGAGGACUUCUCUUUUUUUAAACAAAGAAAUAUAAACCUUACCACAGAAAUAUGCUUAAUUUCACUGUCAUUCUCAUUGGCUAUUGAUGUUUAUCUGUCUUCUGAUUGGUUAUUAGUACUCUGGUUUUGGUUUUGUGACUCUCAACUCAAAACUGCUCUCAUUCUCUGAACCAAGCUUCAAGGAAAAGCAUUUGCUUGGGAAUUAACCCAGUUACUCCAAGGUUCUGCAAGCAAUUUUCCCUACUAACUGCCAUACAUUUCCUUGUAAAUUGGAGAGGAGAAUAUGAUGUUAUAUCAAGACAACACCUUAAAGCUGAUGAAUUUAUAUGUUCUCAUAACCUGUUUGCAAUGCAAGAUAUUGGAAUUACAAGAAGAAAUUACAUGUUAAUUGCUCACAUGAGAAUCCUGUCUCUCUGUAUUUCAUCAGGGUGAACCAAUGCCAAGUAAGAACCAAGCCAAGAUGGCAGCUGCACUCAAAGCCUGUGAACUGCUUCACAAGAUUGGUGAGCUUGAUGAUGACCUAUUACCAAAGCAGACUUUAUCUGACGAGGAAAGUGGUUUGGAAGAAGAAGAAGAAGCAGCAGCUGAGCCCGGUGGAAAGAAACCAAAAGCUGGAACAAAGAAGAGAAGACGUCAGUAUGUGAGAAAGGUAAGUAGUUGAAUUAUCGUAAAAAAUUGCCCACCCAUGCACGGUAGGGUGGGCAGGGCUGGAGAAAGUUCCACGACGGUGCGUACGGCCUCGCGAGGUGCGAGCUGAAAAAAACAAGGAGGAAUGAACGAGAGCGGGUAUCAUAUGAUGAAAUGCUUAUUGGUUGAUUUAAGCCGGGCCGAAAGGAAAAAUAUUUCUUUCUUGGUCUUGACAUAAGCACGUUGCUGUGCUUGGUUCGUAACCCAGGACCGAGGGCAAAAUACUCUCCCAUUCGGCCCUCCCGCUCAGCCAAUAAGCAUACACUAUUGCACCCCAGAUUAUCCCAAAGAUUUCGUAGGACUGAGUAUAUAGCUUAUUUUUUGUAUCGCCGUUGGCAGAGCGUUCGAACAUGAAACUCAAGUUCGAAUCCUUACUAUGAACUCAAGUUUUUCCUUCGGUUACGCUAUUGACAAAUAUUUGCACUUUCUUUACCUGGCCCCUUUUGGUCGGAGAUUGGAUAAUACUAUCCACUGGAUAAAACUCUAUCCGGUGGAGAACGCAGUAUGUUUUGCUAUCACUUAUCCGCUGGAAAGCAAUUUAUCCAUUUGAUAGCGUUAUCCGCCCUUUGCACAUCUGUGACCUGAUGUUUUGUUCUUGCCCAGGUUCCUGAAGUAUUUGUCAGCAGCUUGGUACAGGAUGGACAGGAUGGUCAGCCCCAGUUCCUCACGACCAUCACCAUACAAGUCACCAAACUUACUCGGCCACAAGAGUUUGUCGUUAGUGAGCGACUGUUCCUCGAUGAAACUUGUACGUUUGGAAUGCUGACAACGAAAAGAGUUCCUUGCGUUAGUACUUGAUUAUUAAUAUUUCAUUACUUAUCAGGUAACCGAAUUCUGCUGACCAAUUUUCAAUCCAGUGUCGCUCUGUGAUUGGUCCAUAAAGCUUGCACCUCUCUUUCAGCCAAUCAGCUGCAAAAACUGAAACCAAUCACGAGUUGGUCGCCCCCGUUUUCCUGCUCUUUAGGCAGUUUGGUUGUUUUUGUUUUACUCAUUGGCUCCUAAAGGCCCACGAUUGCAGCAUAUACCACUUUUACCAGUCACACACACCAAAAAUGUUGACCUUCAUCUUACAAUGCAAUUUUUUCACUCUUCAGAUACGAUCAUUCAAACUGUAUCCUAACUAUGGCGAAGUCACGGUAUCCUUCCAGUGUCAUAGAUCUCCUUUACGUGUAAACAUCACUAAACAAGACUUGGACAUUCUUCGCGAGUUUCAUCUCUUUCUCUUCAGUCACGUUCUACGCUCUCCUGUGGAAUUCACACCUGGAAGUGUGGAUGGUUACUUCAUUGUUAUGUUGAAGGCUUCAGGAAGGAGUAUUGACUUUGAUUGCAUGAGAGAGGAGCUUUCACGCGCACCCAAACAAAGCCGUGGAAAUCUGCCCAUCGUCGUAGACGCAGUAGUAACAAAGAACUACGUUGAAUCUCCACAAAAGUACGCUGUUUUGAAUGUUUGUGACGAUCUGACUCCGAUAUCUCCGUUCCCAGAAAUGUUGCAUGGCGACACUUAUGAAGAAUAUUUUCGCCGUAAAUACGGAGAAAGGGGACGCAUUUCGAAUAGGAAUCAACCUCUGGUGGAAGUGAAAGAGCUCUCCAGUAGAGUGAAUUUUCUAGUGGACCGAAAACUAGGAACAAAAAACAAGCGCGAUGCGAUUUGUCUUGUUCCAGAGUUGUGUGACCAUAUUCCCAUUCGCGCUUCUCUUCUGAGCGUGUCUCAGAUUCUACCUUCUGUUCUACAGCGUGUUACCUCCCUCCUCCUCGUUGCCGAUCUCAAGGCCAUGGUUGCCGGUGUACGCGACACAACAGAUGAAUCAAGUCUCCCUCCUAUUGGAGCAGAAGAGAGCUCGAGAGAGGCGCCCACGGAGGUAGAAGACGAUGCGCUUUUCUCCGACAUCAGGUCGAUGUUCCGUUACACUCCACCAUCUGCUAAUCAUCCUGACUCCUCUCUCGUUCUUCAAGCUAUUACCACCACCCACAGCGGAGAUGCAUUUAAUCUGGAGAGGCUGGAGAUGCUGGGAGACUCAUUUCUGAAGCUGGCCGUGUCUAUUCAUCUCUUCUGCGCAUACAGCGAUAAAGACGAAGGCAAGAUGACCCGACGUAGGACAAACCAGAUUAGUAAUUUAGCGUUGUACCGAGCAGCGGCCAAGAAAUCUCUGGGCGAGUAUCUCCAGAACACGCAGUUGGCUCGCGACGUGUGGUGUCCUACGGGAUGUCAGUUUGGCGACGUACCACCGAAUCGCACCACAGGUAGUCCACCCAUGGAAGUUGACAGCUGGGACACGGUCGAGGCGAUGGAAGUUGACGAGACCUCAGAAAUGCGCCAGAAAUGCAACACUCAAAAGAUUGCGGACAAGUCCAUAGCUGACAGCAUCGAAGGACUUAUCGGAGCGUAUCUAAUAUCCUGUGGUUAUCUUGGCGCGUUGCGAUUUAUGAAGUUUCUGGGGCUAAAAGUUUUACCUGAAGUUGACGUCAAAGUCGACAUUGAUCCGCGGGCGGAGAAUAGUAAAUCGGGUUGCUAUGCUAGAUUUUGGCCGGAUCAGACAAAAAUAACAGCAGCGCAAGAUAAAGGAGAUAUGGUUUUCCGCCUCACUUCUGGCCUGGAAAACUUUGAAAACGAAUCAAUCUCGUACAAUUUCCAGCACAAGUUGUAUUUGGUAGAAGCGCUAACCCAUGCGUCCUACCACGAAAACCAUGUCACGCCAAGUUACGAAAGACUCGAGUUCCUCGGCGAUGCUCUGUUGGACUUUUUGGUCACGCAACAUUUAUACUUCCGUCACGUCAACUUGUCACCAGGGGAACUGACCGAUAUACGACAGGCCUUGGUGAAUAAUAACAUCUUUGCCACCCUUGCCGUAAAACACAGCUACCACAAGUAUCUGAAGCAUAUGUCUCCAAAGUGGUUCCAAACAGUGAAGAACUUUGUUGACAGAGUAGAAGAUGAGGCAGAAGAGAGGAAAAACAAUCGCCUUCAAACGGUAGGGUGAACUUUAUUCUUUAAUCCUUUACAUCAGUUUUCUUAUUCUCCAUUCUGUCCUCCAUACAUUUCCUAAGGUGCUGACAAGGAGAAUUUGUUGAACAAUCAAGAGCUUCUUUAGUUGGUGAUGGAGACGUUUCCUUUAUUCUCGUGACCUUAAAAUGUGAUUCAGGGCUGAUAUCGUAAGGAGAAAUUAGGUGCUAAUUACUCUCAUGGGCCAGAGGGUUAAUGAAUAUUUUCUCCAGUUGAUUUAUAAGGUAUGUUUCUUUGUUAACAAUUAUUUGGUAGGUCACCGCUGACCCAUUUAUUAUCGUGUCUGAAGAAGAAGAAGGAAUCGAGGCGCCUAAAGUUCUAGGUGACAUCUUUGAAUCAGUAGCAGGCGCGAUAUUUUUGGACAGUGGUAUGGAUUUGACUAAAACCUGGGGUGUGUACUACCGCAUGAUGAAACCCUACAUCGGUAAGUUGGCCAUCGCCACCCGCGAGGGUGGAUCAACCUCCCAUCCUUAAAAGCCUUAUCAGCGGAGAGCUCCGAAGUUUUUUUCGCAAUAAGCAAGAAAAAGAGUAAGAAUGAGUCAGAGAAAGUACAUUCAGCAUGGAGUUUAAGAAUUCAACCCUAGCUAUCAACUCCAAAGUGUAAAGGAAGGCACUUGAAUAACGAACCUAGAGGAAAGCACUAGAAAUAUUCAUUGAUAUGAUUUUUCUAUUCAGAUCAUUACUCAGUGAACAUACCGCGAAAUCCCAUCAGACUUGUCUACGAGGAAGACGGGAAGGCUGACUUUGGGUGAGUGUACAGUUCAGUACAGUUAUGCCGGGUUGGUUGACUCUCCCUGCAUACGUCUCAGACUAACUGCGCCAAAGGUGAAAACAAUUUUUAGAGGGUAAUGGACUACAUUUUUUCCAAAAACGAUAUUUAUGAACUGUGGAAGCAGUCUUUAAAAACAUUGUUCAUUAAAGAGUGGCAGAGUGCGGGAGACCUUUUCAAAAACAUUGGCAUGUGCACGUAUACAGUGCUAGAAUUAUGCUAAAAUGGCGGAAAAUAAAACUGUUCGGCGUAAACGAAGAGCGCAAAAAUAGUGUGGCGCAACAUGAAAUUUUCAACAUUAUAUCUCGAGAUAGGGAGAUAUUGAGAAAGAUUACACAGAAUUUCGGCAGUGGCUCGGUUUUAUUUACCAAAUUGCAUGAUCUUACUCCUACAAAAAAGUUCACUAGUCCGCUCAUGAUCUGUACACCAGUCAGUAAAGCAUCGAAAAGCGCGAAUGACAACUCGCGCAUGAAAGUGGCCGCAUAAGGCUUACGUAACGCCAAGCGUUACUGGCUUUUUCAGGCGCGUCUUCUUGUGUGCGUUACUUUCAUCUCACGCGCGUAUAACGAGUCAAAGAGGCCUUGUUUGCCAAUCGGUUAUCAAACAAUGAGUUCUUGAUCACGAAUUUUCAUGUUUUUUGUUUUGCUUUGUUUUCUCUAGGAAAGCGGAGACCCUUGAUGAUGGAAAGAUUCAGCUUACUCUGAGAGUGUACUGGGGAGAGUACACUGGAAAAGGACCGAACAAGAAGAUUGCUAAAGCUAUAGCCGCCAAGCUUGCUAUUGAAGGACUGAAAAAGAAAUCUUCAGAAGAGAACGCCGCGGUA